AUGAUGAUACCUUGCUCUGAUGAUGUUCGUCAUAUAACGGACGAAAGCUUAGCACCUUUUCGCGGAAUCGAAGCAGAUUACCUCGGAAACAGCGUCAGCAUGAUUCUGCCAGUAAAGCCAAUCAACAGCUGGUUUAGAGGAAUCGGUCGUCGUCUUCUGCUGGAACCGACCUUCGAAUCUAUUCACCUAACACUUUCACUCGAAAUGGAAGUAAGCUCAACAAUAAUAUCAUUGUUUUGUGUUUUCAUAUACCUUUACUUUUCAAUUCUUUCUACCGCUUAG